AUGGCUAUGACAACAGAAGAUUUGAUGCAGCAAUCUUUCACCGUCCCAACGGCCCAGCAAUAUGAGAUCUUUGUCCAAGCUCAUGGUAUACCUUCUGUAAGAGAAGACAUGCCAGACGGUGGCUCUGCCUUGUGGUUUGGCUCUCCGUCAGCCAAAAGAGUGAUAGCACACGUUCACGGUGGCGGGCUAGUGAUGUACGCAACUCCUUUCCACAUGGCCUUGGCUUAUAACGUGUACAAAGCGGCCGCCUCAAAAGAUGAAGACGUCGCCGUGGCUGUGCUAAGCUAUGAUACGUGCCCUUCUGGUGUCUAUCCAAUCCAGCUUCGCCAGUUGGUCGCGUCCAUCGUGUAUCUCAUGCGUGAGCGAGACGCAAAAAACAUCGACCUCUAUGGCGAUAGUGUUGGCGCAAUCCUCAUUCUCGCUAUCUUGCAUCACAUCACGCACCCGCAUCCAAAGGUUCCUCUGCUAUCAAUCCCAUCUGGGGACUGUUUCGGUCGAGUCUUGUUACUCUCACCCGCCGUGCCCAUUGUUACGCCAGCGCUACAGAAGAGUAAAAAUAUCGGCCGAGAUUUGGUUGGAGUGGACGAUAUUGCUCAGAUGUGGAACAUCAUAGAGAGUAAUCAUGAUCCUGAGGUUGAUCUGAUUAACCCCUGGUUAACACCGAUAUCUGAAAUGCGUGAAGAAUGGUAUGAAACACUACCAGCCGGGGCUAUUACAAUUAUAUCUGGUGGUUUUGAGUUAUUUGAAGAAGAUACUGUUACGCUUUCUCAAGUAAUCAAGGCUAAACACCACAACCAAGUGGAGAUUUAUGUGGAUGAAACCGCGACUCACAUUGCGUUUGUUAAAGAAGGUUUGACGAAUAGUCCGCCGUCAGAGUACACCCGCCGCGUUAUAGAAUGGGCAAAGAGUUAA